AUGAAGGCGUUCUAUGCGUGGCAGAGGCGCAACUCGCACUUAAACGAGGAGCAAACAAACACGACGCCUGAGGAAGGGUGGAGGACGGUGAAGCAACGCAUUGUUCAGGUUGGACCGCUCCCACGCUAUGUUUUCGAUGACGGGGCCUUUAAGGCACGGUGGGAGGCAAUUGAGGCUGCGCUGUCCUGUAGGUCCGACGCAGCCUGGAAGCGCUUCGCGAAGCUUUUAUUUGCCAAGGUUGAGUGGAGCGAUGACGGGGCCACGCACAAACUGAUCAAGCUUGUGCGUGUGCUGUGGGUGGGCGGCAACAACAGAGCGGUGGUGUUGGCGGCGGCAGCGGCGGCGGCGGCGGCAGGGAGGAGGGUGUCGGAAAGCUCCAGAAAUGUUCCUGUUGCAAUUGAGAUCGAGGCAAGAUUACGGAGGCUCGUGCUGAAGGAGAACUUUCAGAUGUCAGCUUUGCUGUCCGCACUGGGAACGUGCUGUUUAAAUGCCGCUGCCCAUCUCGAGCGCUUGGGCUGCUUGGCGUUUUUGAUCGGCGGCGUCGCCGAGGCGGUUGCCCGCAAGACGAAGUACAUUCCCCGCACUGCGGGGGGAGAGCCGCGGGCCAGCGUGCUGGCGGAGGAACAUGCACGAGGCCGCUUUCCAAGGUGUUCCUUCUUGUUCGAGUACACGAAGAGAGGGCCUCACGAAGCGGAAAUACAGAAGGUUGACCUUGAACCCGGUGUUCUGUAUAUCCCCGACACACGCCUUUUCCCCGUGCUGGACGCGUUUUACGUGGCCGAGGUGCAGCCAGAGGCGCCUCCAGCGGAGCCCGGGCGGGCCCGCGACACCCCCACCGGCGACCAGAGCAGUGCGGGGAAGAAGAUGACGUUGGUCGGGCUGCAGGUGACAAUGCAAGAUACUCACGACACCACCGCCAGUAAGAUGGCUUUAUUUAUGGAAUACAUGAGGAGCAACUUCAAUAACUGGGAGGUGCUGAAGGAAGCGAUGGGGUGGGAGAUUAUUUACAUCCGGCACGCUGAGAGCAUGCCGAUGACGACAAGGCAGCGAUGCACUUUCACGGGACAACGUUCGUCGGAUCCUCAGGCUCCAGAGAACUUCUGGGAGAGAAAGGUGGAGCAGUACCAGGUGCAACUUGACGCGGAGGUUGCCCAGCUGCUGGUUGCUGCAAAUAAACGCCGCCUCGUGUAG